CUGCCUCUGCCUCCGCCUCUGCCUCUGCGCUCCCCUCGUCCGCUUCCCUCCCAACCUCCUCGCCUUCGUCCCCCAUCCGCUCGUCCCACUCCUCCGCGUCUGUCGCCCAAGGCGCCACCACCAAGCUCGCCAAGAGGCCCUCACCUUCCCCUUCAUGCCCGCUCGCAGCAACCAGGAGGUCUGAUAACACAACACGUGCAAACGCUGCAACAGCAACAGCAGCAGCAGCAGCAGCAGCAGCAGCGGCGGCGGCGGCAGCAACGGUGGCGCCAGCAACUUCUGCUCCAGCAGCAUCUGCUGCUCCCUCCGUGGCCUCGUGUCACCCGCCCUUGCGGUCACUGCAAGCCGCCAGAGCCAGCAGCAGCAAGGGACUCAAAACCAUCAUGCCUGCUCCCUUUUCCUGCCAGCCUUCCUACCCUUCCUCCUACCCCUCCGCCUACCCGCCCUCCUACCCGUCCUCCUACCCUUCCUACCCCUCCUGCCCCUCCUAUUCCUCCUACUCCUCGCCCUUCGCACCAUCUCUUGCUGCUGCUGCUUCCGGUGGUUUCUUUUGUGCCAGUCAGCCGGUGCCUUUGGGAAUGCCACUGAUGGCAGGGCCAGGGGCUUUGGGCGCAGGCACCAUGACCAUGGGUGGCAUGGGCGGUGCCAUUUCUCACGGCAUGCCAGCUAAUGGCGUUGGGAUGGCUGCCAAUGGGAUGGCUAUUACCGAACAGGGUGGAAUGGGGAUGGGAGGGAUUACUGGGGCGGUUGGGGCAACAGCCAUGGGCGUGCCUGUGCAGCAGCAGCAGCAGCAGCAGGGAGGGUGGGGGAUGGUGCCGGCAGCAGCACCGAUGAACCAGCCUCAGGCACCCACGUUUCACUACCAGCAGCCGCAGAUGGCUGUGUUUGAAGGACGGUCGAGCUUUGACAUGGGCAUGGGCAUGGGCAUGGGCAUGAGCAUGGCGUUUCCUGCUGGAUCAGCAGCAGCAGGGGGCUAUGGGGCAUCCUCGCCAUCCAUGUGGUGCACACCCCAGGGAACAUGGUCCAGCCUAGCCCAAGCUGCUGAAUGCGCUACUGCCGCUCCCUUGGCCACCGCCCUUGCUGGGAAUGGCACUGAUGGUGGCGUCGCCGCCGCUGCUGCUGCGUCAUCUGCCAUCCCCGCAGGUCCAGCAGAACAUAUUGCGGUGAAGAGGCAGUGGAAUCUCACCAUUGCGAUGCAUCCUGACAAGAAGGGAGCCGAUGCUCUUGCUGGUGGCACUAGCUCAACCAUGGAAGGAAAGGGGGGAGCGGAGGGGGGAGCGCAAGGUGAGGAGACGACGAAGGAGGAAGAGCAGGGUUCAGGUGUGCAAGGGGACGUAGUGGCGGAUGCAGAAGCAGAGGCCUUGUUCUCGGACUCACUGCUCCGUGAUGACGACCACGGGCUCUCCUCCUUCGUCCUCGACCUCGCCCUGCCUUCCCACCCUCCUUGCGCUCCCACUCCCGCCUUGCCUGCUGCCGUCCGUGGGCUUCCUAGUGCCAGUGGCACAGGGGGAGGGGGAGCAGGAGGGGCAGGAACAGACGGGGGAGUGGCUGAGCAGGGUAGACAGCAGGCGAGGGAGAGGGGAGACGAGGAUGUAAGCUACUUUAUGCAUGGGGCAGGUUGUGGUAAUGCAGGGGGGGCGAAUUUCCUGGACGUGGAUGUGUUUGGAUGGCUUGCAGAGGACUCGCCUUUCGGAGGCUCACCAGUCAAGACCGUGCCUGCUGCACAGCCGGUGGAGCAGAUGGAUUCGGACACACCCAGCAGCAGCAGCAACGAUCUCACACCUGCCACAGUCACCAAGAAGGCGACCGCGACUGCUGAUUCCACUGCUCCUCCUGCUCCCACCCCUAAUUCAACUCCCCCUCCUGCUGCCGGUGCUGCUGCAGCAACCAUCAAGACAUCUGGUCCUGGUGGGAAAGGGGCUGUCGCCACGGCCAACAAGGCAGCAAUUGUAGAAUCUGGACCUGCCCCUGGAUCCAGCCUCACGUCUGCAGCCAAGGCGAAUCCAACUAGCAACUCCGUGGCAGUCACAAAAGCACUCGCUGCUGUGCCUGGUGGUGUGGUGGAUGCUGCACGGGCUGCUGUGGCUGCUGUGCCCUCUUCCCUUGGGCCAAAAGCCGUGCUGGCUCGGAUCAGAAGUGGCAAGGUUGCUGCUGCCAUGGCUGCUGUUCAUGCUGCUGGCCAGGCUUCUCCUUGUGUCCCGGGAAUGCUGAAGGCAGGCACGACUCCGAGCGAAGGUCUGUGUCAAAAAGUGGGAACAAAAGCAGCAGCAGUAGCUGGGGCAGCGACUUUUGUGCAGAAGAAAGGAGUAGUGCAGAAUCCAUCUGGAGUGGUUGCGGGACAUGCGCGGCAUGGGCUUCAGGCAAACCCAUCCCCUCGCCUUACAGCUGCUCUUUCUUCUCUUCGGAAUGGUUGCAACAAGUAA